AAAAAAAAAAAAUCAGAGCAGAUGAGUCUGCGCAAUGGAACAAAGUCUGAAUAUUGAAAUUUGACAUUACUAUCAACAUCUCAUCCUCUUUCGGGCUGGAUUUUUAAUGACUUCAAACGCGUUCAUUUUUCUGGGCUUUGUAAUUUAGGAAGCCGGGGGGAUGUCCAGCAGUCACUCAGCACGGCUUUUUCACUGGCACUUUUGUGAUGUCUUUCAGUUUAAGAUGUGCUCCUUCUCAUGUACCCAUAUACUGUACUUGAUGCUGUGUGCUGUGUGCCUGAGUCAGGCUGUUGAAGCCGGAUCAGAGACACUCUGCGGAGCGGAGCUGGUGGACACUCUUCAGUUCGUGUGUGGGGAGAGAGGCUUUUAUUUCAACAAGCAAGGUUAUGGUCCGAGCAUGAGAAGGUCACACAAUAGAGGAAUUGUCGACGAAUGCUGCUUUCAAAGUUGUGACCUGCGGAGACUGGAGAUGUACUGUGCACCUAUCAAACCUAAGUCGGCACGCUCUGUACGUGCUCAGCGCCAUACGGAUAUGCCAAAAGCACAAAAGGAGGUACAUUUGAAGAACUCAAGUCGUGGAAAUUCAGGCAACAGAAACUACCGGAUAUAGGAAAAGGAAUUUCAGAAUUAGAUUAAAAAGAACAAAAACAAAUUAAAAAGACAACAAUGAGCAUACCACUGCACAAAUUGUACAUUUUAAGUGCAAGUUUUGGUCAAUGUUGGAAACUAGUUGAGAUAAGCUCAAAUUUAUGUCUCUCUGCUGAAUAACGGCACUAUACAAAAUGAGUUAAGAAAAUAUCUUUAUUCAAAAAUAUAAUGUUUUCUAAUAAGGUAGCUACUGUGAACUGGGCCAUGCGUGCAUGUCUCAUUGGUUUCAUUUCUGCACAACAAGUGAAGAACAUGAAGCUGUUAUUUAGCACCUACAGAUGAUGAGAACUUUAUACCCGUAUGCUUCAGCACAUCUGAAGAUGUGUGUUAAAUGGAAUUAAGUACUUACACAUUUCUAUCCACUUCUGGCCCUAACAUUGUUGAAAUGGGAGAUUUCUAUUGAAAGCUUAUUUGAAAUUGAAAUUUAAUGACUAUGAAAGGGCUAUCUUGAAAUAAUACAGUUCCAUGUUACAGAAGUGCAUAAAGUGUAAAAUGAAGGACCCAAGGAAAUAAGCAUAUAAUGAAUGUUCAUCUUACCUCAGCUAAAACAGAAGCGGUGAUCCCACAGAAGUUACGAGCCAUGUAACAACUAAGGAACAGUUUUCACAUGGACUGAAUUCAUGUGCGUUUUGGAUGGAGGAUUCGAUCUUUUCAACAGUAUGCAUGAAAGGAUGGCUGAAGAGAUGUCACAAAAGAGAAUUAUUUGUGCUUUAAGCCUGCUGGCAAUGACUGGAAAAACUGUAACUGCUUUAUAAUUUAAUUUUAAUCUGUAAGAAAAAAAAAACCCUCGACUUCAUGUUUUGUGAUACAUUUUCCUAUUCUUUUGUUUGCUCUGUCUUUUCCAUUCUUUUCAGAAUAUUCCACAGAUAAAGUGACCAACACUUAUAGGUGUUUAAAUUGCUAUUAGAUACCCAACAGAUGUCAUUUUCUAUCCAAAAAUUCAAAAUAAAAAAGCACAAAAGAAACAACAUUCAA